AUGGCAGCAGCGUCAGGAACCGCCGCGACGUUCUCCAUCAGGACGCCGGCGCCGGGGCUCCGGCGGCCCUGCGCCGGCGCCGCCGCGGCCGGCGGGGGCGCCAAGUGGUGGGCGCCGCUGCUGGGGUGGUCGGGCCAGCCCGACUACAUCGACUCCCAGCCGGCCGCUGAACCGGCGCCGAAGGAGGAGCGGGGGAAGAGGCGGUUCGGGGUGCUGACGGAGGAGAAGGCGCGGCAGCUGCGGCUGAGGAUGAUGGAGACGGAGAGCUUCCACGACGUCAUGUACCACUCCGCCAUCGCCUCCCGCCUCGCCUCCGCCCCGCCCGACACCGCUCGCCGCACCAAGCCGUAGCCUAGCCACGCGCGCGCGCUCCCUUGCCGUACGUGGCCGCCGUUCGAGGAGCAGCUCAGCUCAUCGGCCGGCGGGAAGCCAUGCAUGCGCAGCUGUGUAUUUGUAUAUAAAUAGCAGAAGCUUUUGUUCGUUCGUUCUAGACCGCGACCAUGCUCUCCUCCUGGAUUGGGAUGGACUGAUCAAAGAAAAGGAAAAAAAAACAUCAGUCCUGUAACAACACCUGCAACCAAGAAUGUUGUUGUGAGACAAUAAUAAUAAUAAUA